AUGAAGACUCCAGACCCGGCUGCGGUCGUGGCCAACAAAGUUGCGGUGGCAUUCGGCAGCAACUUAGGGGACAGGAUUGCAACCAUCGAAGCAGCAUUGACCAGGAUGAAAAGUGAAGGGCUCAAAAUCGUCAAGCUAAGCCAUCUUUAUGAAACGAAGCCCAUGUAUUAUGACGAUCAAGACCCAUUCUUGAACGGUGUCUGUCUCAUUGAAACGGCUCUGGAGCCGUUGCCACUGCUGGAUUUGUUGCAAACCAUCGAGAACGACCUGGGCAGAAAGCGUAUUAUCGACAAAGGGCCAAGGACUAUCGACUUAGACAUCAUCCUGUACAACCAAGAGCGGAUCAAACACCCCAGGCUCGAGGUGCCCCACAAACUAAUGCUGGAAAGGGAGUUUGUGCUAAGACCUCUUGCAGAUAUCCUCCCUAAUGCACAUGUACCCUUGAGCAACUCAUCAGCAGCUUCGGCGCGGCCGAUCUCCCAGUUCCUCGGAGCGCUCCCAGAGAGAGACAGCAGCAUGUCUCCUGUUUUCGUUCUAAACCCUCAACUACCGCUUCUUCGUACGCAAGACGCGACCCGCAAAACCCAUGUCAUGGCCAUCUUGAACCUCACACCUGACUCCUUCUCAGAUGGGGGUGUCCACGCCGCCGCGGAUAUUGAGACCAUUAGAUCGACCGUGCAAAAUUUUGUCGCUUCGGGCGCCACGAUCAUCGAUAUCGGCGGCCAAAGCACACGUCCUCGAGCAGAGUAUCUUGGGCCGGAAGAGGAGCUCAAGCGGAUCCUUCCAAUCAUCCGUGCUUUACGUGACAUGAAGGAAACCGAACGGCUUGCCAUCAGCAUUGACACCUUCCACUCGACAGUGGCCCGAGAAAGCAUCCUUGCCGGUGCUGACAUUGUAAACGAUGUUUCGGCGGGGUUGUUGGACGAGCGGAUGCUGCCUACCGUUGCCAGCUUGGGAAAGACCAUUGUCCUUAUGCACAUGAGGGGCGACCCGCAUACAAUGACAAAAUUGACCGACUACCCGCAAGGAGUUAUCACGGGCGUCGCACAAGAGCUCAGUAGCCGCGUUGAAGCUGCGCUAGCUGCUGGGAUCCCACCGUGGCGCAUCAUCCUGGAUCCGGGGUUGGGAUUUGCAAAGGACCAGAAUCAGAAUCUCGAGUUACUCCGCAGCUUACGAGAGCUCAGAGAGCAUUCUGACACAUCCAUUCCCCUAAAACAAUUCCCUUGGCUUAUGGGACCAAGUCGCAAAGGCUUCAUUGGAAAGAUAACCGGGGUAAAAGAGGCGACUGAACGAAGCUAUGGCACGGCUGCGGCGGUGACUGCCAGUAUCGAGGGAGGUGCUGAGAUUGUGCGAAUCCACGAUGUGAAAGAAAUGGUACAAGUGACGAAGAUGGCCGAUGCCAUAUAUCGACAGCCCUGA